AUGAAUCUUGUGCUUGUGUUCUGUUUGGUUGCAGUGAUAACCAAUGCUGUUACCAUGAGCAGUGCACGACAACUCAGUAAGAAUCCAUCAGAUCAUGAGAAAGGAGUGGAUAAUGCUGCUGUUGGAGCUGCUGCUGCUGCUGCUGCUGAAGAUCCAAGCAAGAAUAAGGAACUAGACAAGAACCAGUUACCAUAUGGGUUUCCUUUGCCGGUUCCUCUUCCAUUUCCAUUUCCACGCUUUUUUCCAGGGUUUCCUCUGCCACUCCCAAUCCCUAUCCCUGGCCGCAUGGCCCCAGAUAUGCUGAAUAUUCCUCCUGAAUACAACUUUCUUGGUGGUGGUGCUCCUUCCCCUGAUCGUCGUCUUCCUGCUCCUCCACCUAAGUAA